GAAGUUUUACCACCGGAGCCAUGGUAAGUCGCCCGCUGUCAAACGUCGGCCCUUUAUUUUGUGCUGGCUAACUCGAAUAUAGAUGACUAUUGGAUGGGCGUUUUUCAGUUUUUACCCUAUUACUGUAUUCCCGGUGCUCGAGGCACCUCAGUGGCGGAAAGGUUUCAUUGUCAAUACUGUGUUAACGGUCGCAUUCUGGUUACUUUUCAUGUUAGGUCAAUUAUUAUGGAAGAGGGAUCGGAAGCUUCAUCGAUUCGUCGCUAACGACGAUGAUGACGAUCAAAAGUUGAAGGAAGAAGAAAUUGUCCAUGUCGAGGUGGCUACAAAGCAUUAACUACAUAUAAUACCACCAGAUGACUGAUCAGUGUGUUACUGAUACUGGGCCAAGCACCUAUGAUGGAGGAACGCAGAUGAGCAGGGGGUUAAUGAAGGAGUUUGGGCGAUAGUAACCAUAGGAUUUUCAAUGAAUGAAGCGUUGAAUUGCGAGCG